AGUCAUCUCGUUCCUACGCCACUUGAUGCCCGUUGGCGGGCCGAGAGCUCCGUAGCAUGGGCACGGGGGAUUACUUCUGCCUGACAGUGCGCGGGGGCGCGCCCUGGGGAUUCAGUCUCCGCCAGAGCGACGGGGACGCGCACCGCCCCAUACAAAUCGACCAGGUGGUGGAGGCCAGUCCUGCGUGUGUAGCAGGAGUGUGUGUGGGGGACGAGCUGGUGUCUCUGAAUGGAGAGCCGUGUGCUGACCUCACACUCCUGCAGGCCGUCGCUCUGGUGGAGGCAGCUGCUGACCACCUGCAGCUACUCAUCAAGAGGUCAUCUGUGUGUUCUCCCCCUGACCCUGAGCUGGACGGAUGUGGGGGGGUCGGGGGGGUCACUGGGUCCCUUCAGUCCACCACCCUCUGCAUCCCGACACCCCACCGCCCCCACACACACCCGCACACACACCCGCACACACACCCGCACCGGGAGCUGUACAUCUGUGAGUCCCAGGACGAGGCGUACUACGGGGAGACAGACAGCGACGGCGACGCCCACCCCCCCCUCUUCACCGCCGCCGGCUCCGCCCCUGUGAUCCGCUCCCAGCUGUGUGUGGGGGGGGCUCUGGGGGGGGCUCUGGGGGGGUCUCUGGGGGGGGGCCCGGACGCUGCAGCUAUGAGCCCCGUGGAGCUGCCUGACGGGGGGGUGCUCGAGCUGCAGGUGUCCCUGUCCCCCCACCAGGGGGUGCCGCUCUCCCUGCAGGACCUGGGCACACACACACACACACACACACUCUCCCUGCAGGACCUGGGCUGCUCGGCGCUGGGCAGUGCGCGGGGGGUGGAGGGGGGGCUGGAGGGGAUGGUGCUCAUCCGAGGGGGGGGGGUCCCGCUGACGGCCGAGCCUGACGACCCCCCCGAGACUCCCCCCCCCCCAGUGGUCAGUGAGGCGGAGCUGUACGUGCCCCUGCGGGACAGGCAGCCGCUCGGCCAGAGGGGGGUGCUAGUGAGCGGGGGGCAGCUGGGGCAGCUGGGGCAGCUGGGGCAGGUGCAGGUGACGCUGCAGGCCGCGGGGGGGCGGGAGGAGGGGGAGGAGCUACGGGCGCAGGGGGGCGGAGAAGAGGGAGGAGUCAGUGGUGACCCCGCCCCCGCCUCCUCCUCCGUCUCCUUUGGAAUCCUGACAGACGAGUCAGAGUCGGAUCGGGAGCUCAAGGAGCCCAGCAAGCACCGACCUCGCCACGCACGGCUGAGGCGUAGUGAGAGCCAGUCGGAGAAGCAGGUGAAGGAGGCCAAGUCCCGCUGCAAGCGCAUCGCCCUGCUGCUGACCGCCGCCCAGCCGCACCCCAGUCGCCCCGGCAACCGGGGGCUGUUGAUGUUCAAGAGGCACCGCCAGCGCGCCCGCAAGUACACGCUCGUCAGCUACGGCACCGCCGACCAGGAGGCUGACCUCUACUACCACCACGACCACAGCGAGGACGAGGACGAGGACGAGGAAGACGACGAGGACGACGAGGAAGACGACGCAGACGAGCACCACACCGUCCACUUCACCGUCUUGACCACCAGCAGCAGCGGCGGCGGUGGCGGAGGGGAGUGUGUGCUGGAGCGCUGCUCGUUCGCACAUGUGCAGAGGAGCAUCAGCGUAGAGGCAGCAGCAGCAGCAGCAGCGGCGGCCGCGGCGCCCGUGGUGAGGCUCGGACGAGACGCCAAGCUGCUCGAGAUCGAGCGCAAGCUUCGGGAGGAUCACCGCAGCGGCGGAGACGCCGAGAUGGACCAGCUCUCGGACACGAGGGGCAAGGGGGCGCUGAUGUUCGCCCAGCGGCGCCAGCGCAUGGACGAGAUCGUGGCGGAGCACGAGGACAUGCGGCAGAAGGGCCUGCCCGUCGAGAGCAAGCAGGAAGCCGAGAAACACCUGGCCUACCAGCAGCAGGUGGAGGAGAAACACCUGGCCUACCAACAGCAGGUGGAGGAGAAACACCUGGCCUACCAACAGCAGGUGGAGGAGCACACUUACCUGCAGCAGCAGGAGAGCCAGAACUACAUGGACGUCAAUCUCCACCACCAGCAGCAGCAGCAUCAGCAGCAGCAGCAGCAGCAGUACCAGCAGUACCAGCAAGAGCAGCAGGAGCAGCAGUACUACCAGCAGCAGCAGUACUACCAGCAGCAGCAACAGUAUCAGCAGCAGCAGCAGCAGUACGAGCUCCAGCAGCAGCAGUACGAGCUCCAGCAGCAGCAGCAGCAUCAGCAGCAUCAGCAUCAGUACCAGCAGCAUCAGCAGCUGCAGCAGCAGCAGCAUCAGUACCACGAGCAGCAGCAGUACGCGCAGCACAUGAACGGCAGCAUCCAGGGCAGCGACAGCCAGUCCUCCGUGGCCAACCGCAGUGCCCGGCCAUUCGUGGCGAGCCAGGAGCAUGCUGGGUAUUCGACGGCGAGCCAGGAGCAUGCUGGGUACUCGACGGUGGGGCAGGGGGAGCAGAUCGCCUCUCGCGACGAGCGCAUCUCCGUACCCGCCAUCAAGACGGGCAUCCUGCAGGACACACGGCGCCGGACCACGCAGGGGAAACCCAUGUUCACCUUCAAGGAGAAGCCCAAGGUGUCACCCAACCCUGAGCUGCUCAACCUGCUGAAUCGCGGUGACCGCCGGCCGGGUUUCGACUCUGGGCCCGAGGAGGAUUACCUGAGCCUGGGCGCUGAGGCCUGUAACUUCCUGCAGGCUCCGCGCGUGAAGCAGAAGGUCCCUCCGCCCGUGGCCCCCAAGCCCCACAUCAACCCCAACUCCCCGCCCUGGUCCCCGCAGCCCGACCCAAACCUGCCCCAGCAGGAGAUGCCCCUGCACGCCGAGCCUGCAGACGGCGCCCCCGGCCCGGGCAUGGAGCCCACCGCCCACCAUGACGGCAUGAUGCCCCCACCCCAGCCCCCCUCCCCAGAGGAGCAGCAGGCCACAGCAGCAGAGUGGACUCAGCCGGAACCGCAAGUCCAGCCGGGUCCGCAGCCGGAACCCUGGGAAGAGAGCCAGCAGAACCCCCCUCCCACCAGCAGCACCCCCCAGGCUGUGGCCCCCCCAGAGCCCCCCACCGAUGCCUGGGCCCCCACUCAGGCACCUCAGCAGCCACCCGUGAGCGGGUGGGGUCCUGCCGAAGCCUCGGCCCAGGCCCCCGUCCAGCCGCAGGCCCCCUGGGCAGCCCAAGCUCCGCUGCAGGCCCCCGAGGUGCCCUCCCAGAUGCCUGCUCAGACACAGGCCCAGCCAGCCUGGGUGUCCCAGCCCCAGGCGCCCCCAGCACAGCCUCAGGCGCCCAUGCAGAGCCCUCCGCAGGCACAGCCCCCGUGGGUGACCCCGGCGCCCCCCCAGCCCACUCCUGCCACCACCUGGGCACCGAACCCCACCCCGUCCCCCCCCGCCCAGCCCACCUGGACCCAGCCCCAGCCCCAGCCUCCUCCCCAGCAGCAGGCCCAGGCCCAGUGGGCCGCUCCCCAGAACCAGAACCAGAACCAGCCGCACCCGCCCUGGGCCCAGCCACCACCCCCCCAGCAGCAGGGCAACGCCCCCCAGCAGCCCCCCUGGGUCACCCCCGCUCAGGUGCCCCCCCAGGCUGCAGCAGCAGCAGGCGGCUGGCCCCCGUCCCAGAGCCCCCCCGAGGCCCAGCCCCCCUGGACCCAGCAGCAGCAGCAGCCGCAGACCCCGCCUCAGCCAGCAGGGGGCGCUCCGUGGGCCCAGCAGCAGCAGCCGCAGCCGCAGAGCCCCAUGCAGGGUCCCCAGCCCCCCUGGGCCCAGCCGGCCCCCGCACUCCCUCCGGCCCCCCCUCCGGCCCCCGCACCCCCCCAGCAGAUGCAGCAGAUGCAGCAGAGCCCUCAGCCACACAUGGCCGCCUGGCAGGCGCCCCCCCCAGCACAGAACCAGCCGCAACCACCCUGGCACCCCCAGCAGCCACAUCAGGGCCCCCCCGCAACACCCCCCACCGAGAACCACGAGCCCCUCCCCCAGCAGCAGCAGCAGCAGCAGCCCGUCAGGCAGUGGGGGCAAGCGCAGAUCCAGGCCACCCCCCCUUCCCCCCCUUCCCCCCCGCAGAGGAUGAGUUCCUACCGCCUGCCCCCGCUUCCCCCCCCGCCCCCCCCCCGCGAAGAGAGCCCUCCCCCUCCCCCUCACGCUGGCAUGGGCUCCGCCUUCGAGAUGCCCGCUCUGCGUGGCAAGGGCGCCGAGCUGUUCGCCAAGCGGCAGACGCGCAUGGAGAAGUACGUGGUGGACUCGGCCACCGUGGAGGCCCACAGGCCGGCGCGCCCACCUUCCCCGAGCUCCGCGCCGCCCCCUGUGGAGGUGGAGUGGAAGUACUCGCCCAACGUGCGCGCGCCGCCGCCCAAAGCCUACAACCCGCUGCUGUCGCCCAUGUACCCGCCUGGCGCCAUCAAGCAGCCGCCCCCUUCCUCCGGCCCCACCCCCAAGGGUGGCAAGGCUGGCAAGGGUGGCAAGGAUGGCAAGGAGAAGCAGAAGCCGGCGCCCAAACCGCUGCACGUGCUGGACGUGAUGAAGCACCAGCCCUACCAGCUGGACGCCUCGCUGUUCACCUACGGCCCCGCCGCCGAGGCCUUCGCCGCCAAGCAGAAGGCCAGCGAGGAGGCAGCUGCGGCACAGGCGGCACAGGCGGCAGCAGCACAGGCACAGGCACAGGCACAGGCACAGGCACAGGCACAGCAGCAGUACGAGCAGAUGCCCCCGGGGUACGAGCAGAUGCCCCCCGGGUACGGCUUCAUGCCCCAGCAGCCGUAUGGGGCCCCCACCAUGCAUGACGGGCACUACCCCCCAGCCAAUCACGGCGCUUACCAGCAACCUCACAUGAUGCAGCAGCCCGCCUACCAGCAGCAGCAGCCAGCCUAUCAGCAGCAGCCGUACGGGCAGCCGUACGCCCCCAUGCCCCCCACGGCGGCCUAUCCGCAGUCCCCGCCCGCUGCGCCCGCUGCCCCCUACGCCCCUCACCCGCAGCAGGCUGCCCCCGAGGCCUACCAGCAUGCCCACGGCGCCCCCUAUGGCUCGACGCCGCCACAGCAGCCUCACGCCCCUGCACACGUGCCCGCUCCCGCCCCCCCGUCACCCGCGUACCAGCCCGCGCCACCCAGCACCUACACCGUGCCCAGCACCUACACCGUCUCCGCCGUGCCCAGCGUGAGCGCCAGGCCGGACUCGCGGGCGGCUGGCAGCGGCGCCGCGGCGGCACCAAAGCCCAAGUUCGCCGCCAAAAAGAGCGCAGCUCAGGUGUGGAAGCCGAGCGCAGGGGACAAGGAAUGAGGGGGGGGGGGGG